AUGUUGGAAGCAGAAAUUCAAAAUGCAUUUGAUGAAUUAAUAGUUAGUUUAUUAAGCAUAUUAAAAAAGGAUACAUCAUUAAAAUAUUUACGAACAUGUAAAAAACCAUAUCUAGAAGAGCGUGCUCCAGAUUGUACUUUUAUAUACAAAAAUGUGAAUAUUGAUAUUGAUGAACAAUGUGAAUGUUUACAAGAUGUUGCUGUUUGUCUUGGUGAAGUAAAAUCGUCAAGCACUUCUAUAACGGAUACUGUUUCAAUCGGACAAUUGUUACUUUAUUUGACUAUUCUAUUACGUAAUCAAACUCGUGAAAGGAUCUAUGGUUUUUUAAUAAAUAUUAAAUAUGUAAGAUUUUAUUAUGUUGAAAAGAAACCGUAUUCGAAUUUAUAUGAUUUUUAUCAAAGCAAAUCUUUCAAAUUAUUUAAUGAUUUGUCUGAAACAUCAUCAUCAUCAUCAUCAUCAUCUGUCAAUAUGAAAACAACAAGUGAACAAUCAAAAACAAGCUAUAUAAAUGACCAUACAUGGAAAAUAUUUCUAAAAUUUUUAACAAUGAAAACAGAAUUUUAUCAAUAUACGGCGUUAAAUAUAAAUCCAAAUGAUUAUUUAUAUGAUGAUAAAUAUAAAAUACAACGAAAAUUAGGAGAUGGAUUAACUUCAAUGGUUUAUUUAUAA